AUGAUCCUGAAUGAAAAAUAUCCCCAAAUUGAGAGGUCGUCUGCUACUUUGGAUAUGAAAGCCUUGGGUCCCAACACCUUUGGGCUCAUGAAGCAAUCAAGAAAAGCUUCCAAAGUCCCCUAUCAAGGAUUAAAAGAGUUGGUUAAGUUUGGAAAGUUUGCUGAAGUUGAAAACACUCCUGCUGCUAGUUCCUUAACGUUGAGGUUGUCGAGGAACAUGUGGCACUUAAACCAAAAUUUCAAUUUGCCUUUGAAGAGGUUGAAAUUUUUGAUCAUGAUGAAUAAGAAGAGGAUCAAGAAAAGGAAUUAUCAGAGAAUGAAUAUGAAAAUUUUAUUCAGCAAAUAUUUCAUUCACAGAAGAGGAUGCUAUUGUCACACCUCCUAUUGUGUCUGA